GUGUUCACUUUUAAUUCGUUUCAUUUUUCGAAACCGUGCGAAAAAAAGUUAUCUUGAUUCAAUUUCAAUUUAUUCAACCAAUUUCAACACGCAUUCCUCAAAUUGGCGUUAUUCAUAACUUGGUAACAAUAGGACAAAUGCAGCAAGCCUCAGAAAAGAAGAAAAAACGAGAGGCCGCCAAGAAUCCGCAGGUCAGCGUCCGCCUGAACGUCCGUCCACUUCGUGCAAACUGGAAGCCGGUGAAAAUUUACGACGAAGAGCCGGCCCCGCCGAAACAAAACCACGUGGCAAGUCCAGCCGAAGAUCAGCUUGACACAAGUGUCUGGAAAUCGAAGCACAUUCGUACGGAUGUCAUAAAAGCGGUGGAGCUUGGGAAGAGCCCGAAACGAGUUCCUGGUUUGGUUGGAAAAUGUGAUUGUGCGUGUUGUGGAAGAGCUGACGAUACACAGACGGUUUGUGAGCAAGGUGGAGCUGCUAAAGAUGAGUAUUUGGAGGAGAAGAAGCGUAGAUUGCAAGAGGCUAAGAAGAAGAGAAGACAUCACAAGAGUCAAUCAAACAAAAAACGUCGUCAUCGUGGUGCAACGCGAACCCGUUCAAUCUCGUCACCUCCACUUCCACCACCAGCUCCACCAAACUCCUUUAUGUCUCCGGAUAAUCAGACGUUGUGGUGUAAGCUCUAUGAGCAAACAUGCCCACCGCCGGCAAAGGCAAUCGAUUUGAAGAUGCUCCGAAACCUGCCUGGCCAAAUCGGAAUGUCUGAGCUGGAGCCGGAGGACCUUGAAGUUACACCGGACCCACCCGAAUUCAUUCCACCCCGGUCCCCAGGUCUCCAAAUCAUGAAGCCACCGCCCGUAUCGCCUCCGUCUAACAUUCCCGAGCUCAUCCAUCAUCAACCGGCACUUGUCACACAACCCGAAUCAAGACCAGAUCCAAAUUUGAUCAUUUUGCCGGCUCCAACUGAUGUUCAUCCGCCAAAGUCCCCGGUGCACCAUGUUAUCAAGCAAGAAUCCAUGAAGGACAUCCCACCGGGAUCACCUGCAUCUCCAGGAGCAUGGUCUGGCUCCAAUAGCUCGUUGAUCUUUAUGCCAUCUUCUACUCAAGCACCGGAACAUUAUGCUAUUCCAUCCGUUUCCAAUGUUUUGAUGUUUCGUAAAAUGGAACACAUUUUCUACAGCUCGGAAUCCAACUGGUGGUUGCUCGUGGCACUGGUGAUGCUCACAAUUUUUGCGUACCGCUCUUCUAUGGAACAACACACUUGCUAUUACGAUUGAUGAUUAUGAUUAUAAAGAUCUUUUUAUUUGUAAAU